AUGACUCUACAUGUGGCUAAGGAGAAACAUGCGCAGAUUCUGUUUUACGCGAGUGCGAACGCAUGUUAUGCCGAAAAGUUGGCCAAUCAAAAUCAUGCGCUUAAGGUUCUGUCCGCCGAGUCGCUACACGGCAAAAAUUGUAAUCAACCGGGACCUGACGUCGUCAGGACACACGUGCCACGUGUGUGGCAUGUUCACUUUAAACCACGAGAUGACAAUGAAAUGGGAUUUGCUAACCAGAGAAUUGAAGGUUUUAUGACGCGACGGUCGUGUGAGAAUCUAAUCAUAAAUGUACAGUAUACGGUGUGGGAAGAGCUGUACCCUUCUAUUCAUUAA